GGUAAAGGAUGUCGUUUGAUGACGACGCGGUACUGAGCGACAUGUCUGGGCUGGACGACCUGGGGCUGAGCGACCAUGACGGGGUGACUAUCGACGUCGCCGAGCUGGGUCUCGACGAUGUGGACGACGACUUGGCGGCGCUGGGGCUCGACGACGACGACGACCUCGAUCUUGGCCUGGAUGAUGAUGAUGAUCUGGGUCUGGACCUGGACCUGAGCGAGGAGCUCGACCUCAGUGCUGACCUCAACCUGAGCGAGGAGCUAGCCGCCAAGGAGGCCGCCUUUGACGACGUCGACGAUCUCUCCGAUCUCUCGGCCGACGACGCUGUUGGCUUUACUGUCGACAUUGCCAACCUCUCCAUCGAUUCUGAUGCGGGCGCACAUGUUGACGAGGCGAAUGCCGAGGCAGAGGCCGAGGCGGAGGCAGAGGCCGCCGCGCAGUCGCAGGCAGAGGCGGAAGCUGCCGCACAGGCCGAGGCUGCCGCGCAGGCAAAGGCUGAGGCCGAGGCUGAGGCCGCCGCGCAGGCGAAGGCAGAGGCAGAGGCAGAGGCCGCCGCGCAGGCGAAGGCAGAGGCCGAGACUGAGGCCGCCGCGCAGGCGAAGGCAGAGGCCGAGGCUGAGGCCGCUGCACAAGCGCAGGCCGAGGCCGAGGCCGCCGCGCAGGCGAAGGCAGAGGCCGAGGCUGAGGCCGCUGCACAAGCGCAGGCCGAGGCCGAGGCCGCCGCGCAGGCGAAGGCAGAGGCCGAGGCCGAGGCCGCUGCACAAGCGCAGGCAAAGGCGGAGGCUGUCGCACAGGCCCAGGCUGAGACAGAGGCCGCCGCACAGGCACAGGCACAGGCAGAGGCGGAGGCCGCCGCACAGGCCCAGGCCCAGGCAGAGGCCGAGGCCGCCGCACAGGCCCAGGCCCAGGCAGAGGCCGAGGCCGCCGCACAGGCCCAGGCCCAGGCAGAGGCGGAGGCCGCCGCACAGGCCCAGGUCCAGACAGAGGUCGAGGCAGAGGCUGCCAACGCCGACGCCACCACAUAUCCCACCCCGCAACACAACCUCUCCCUAGACACAAAGUCCGUCGACGCAUUGGCCGACGCCGAGGUCCAGUCUCAUGCAACCACGCCCCGCUCGCACCGCACCCCGAUCAGUCGCACCCUCUCUGUCGAGGACGACAUGCUCGUUGCCUCGCUUGGUGCGCCGACACCUGCUGCCGCGACCCGGACUCCAUCGCCGGAGCCGCACCCGCUCCAGGAUGCCGCCGAGACCCGCACGCUGGAACAAAAGCCGUCUCCAGUCAUCAACCCGGAGCUCUCGCCGUUUCUCAACUCGUUCAUCGAGUCUCGACGUGAGCGCUCGCCUGCGUCCACCCCGCCGCGCGACCCGGUUGCAUACGUCCAAUCGGCCAAGGCCCUCUCGUCGUCGCCCAACGUCAUCGCAACCAACUCGGAUGAGGCCCUCUCGCCGCAGGCCCGUGCCGCCCGCCGCCGCGCAAAGGCCCGUCUGUACUCGGCCAAAAAGCGCGAGAUCCGGGCCAAGACCGAGCGUGUCGCACGCUCGCGACGUAUUCUCGAGGAGCGUGCUGCCCAGCAGCACGAGCUUGCCGUCAAGUCACACGCCAUCGCCGCCUCGCCGCCUCGCAUCAAGGCUCCGGUCGUCUACUCGGCUGCGUCGCCACUCCGCCCUGCAAACGUCGAUCCUCCACUCAUCCGUUCCGCCAAGGCCCGUGCUGCGCUUCGUGUUCGCCAGCACAACAUUGCUGAAGCCAAGAAGCGCGAGGCCGAGUCCAAGUCUGCUGCCAAGGCUGACGCCGCCUCGGUCCGCGCCCGCCGCGAGGAGCGCCUUGCCCGCCUUGCCGAGUGGGAGAACUUCAAGUCGUCCAUCCGCACAUCGAUGGCAGGCCCGCCCGCCAAUGUCGAGCACUUGGAAGAUGACCAUACCUCUGGCGGCGAGCCGUGCAACGAUGUACCCGCGGCCCAGCUGCGGAUGAACAAGUACGAUGCCACCACAGCCGCAGCUGCCCGGGUCAAGCACGCUGCUCUCAAGGGAGCUAUUCCGCACGCAAUUCUCCACUACGGCUCGCCGACCAAACUCGUGGCUCCGACCUCGCCAUCGGCUAGGCCCGCCGCCGUCCAAGCUGCAACCUCGUCGCCAGCUCUCGACCGGGCCUCGCCGCUUGCCCGUUCGAGGACCCGCCGCCAGCGCGCGCUAGACGCAGCACGCGCUGCAGCUGAUUGCCGCAAAGAGCCGGCCGAUGAGCCGGCCCCGUCGGUCCAGCCACAAGCAGCUCCGGACGCCCUUCUUGCGCCCGCAGACUCCUCUGCUGUCGUUGACUCCACUCACGACAACAACAUUGCCGGAGACGCGUCGUCGUCGACCGCUCCCGACCACACCCCGUCGGCCGGCCCCGCCAAGACAUGGGACGCCUCCGAGCCCAACAACGGCGAGCCGCUCAAGGCCCAUCCAGCCUGGGAGCUGUCCGAGACGGAAGAAUGUGAGCUGAACGCGUCGGCUGUCAACCCGAGCCUGGUCCACCGCUCUGACAUUGCUCCGGUCAACGCCGACGAUCAUGCACUCCCUGCUCAAGCAGACGCCAACAACCCAAAGUGGGAGCUCUCAUCGGACGGAACCCACACCACCGUCGCCAACCAAGAGCCCAGUGACGAUGCUGCGCACGUCUUUGCAGAGACAAACAUUGACCCGCUCAUCACGUCGGCCGACUCCGAGUCCGAGUCCCACCACGGCUUUAACCCGAUGUAUGACUUUUGA